AUGCAGAUCUUUGUGAAGAUCCUGACUGGCAAGACCAUCACUCUUGAGGUCGAGCCCAGUGACACCAUCGAGAAUGUCAAAGCCAAAAUCCAAGAAAAGGAGGACUACAACAUCCAGAAAGAGUCCACCCUGCAUCUGGUGCUGCGUCUCCGUGGUGGCAUUAUUGAGCCUUCCUUGCGCCAGCUCGCCCAGAAAUACAACUGUGACAAGAUGAUCUGCCGCAAGUGUUAUGCUCACCUGCAUCCCCGUGGUGUCAAUUGCCUCAAGAAGAAGUGUGGACACACCAACAACCUGUGCCCCAAGAAGGUCAAAUAA